AUGGCUGACUGGAGCAGGAUUAUCUAUUCCGACAGAUAUAGUGACGAUCACUACGAAUACAGACAUGUCAUCCUGCCUAAACAAAUGCUUAAGCUCCUGCCCAAAUCAUAUUUCGCACCCGAUGACUCUGGUUUAUUACGCAUCUUGGCUGAGCACGAGUGGCGGGGAGUAGGGAUUACUCAGUCACUCGGAUGGGAGCACUUUGAGGUACAUGCGCCUGAACCCCAUAUCCGUGAGUCUUGA